UUGAGUGCUCCGCAAAUUUUUUAAAUUUUGUCACUUAAAAGCGUUAAAUAGCUUCCAAAAAAUUUCAAACUGAAGAAGAAGCAGUGUCCUAUAUGGUUUAUAAAAUUCUGUGACCGUACUGUGAGUAUUUGUAGAGUUUUUGACUUUGUUUCUUUUGUGAAGUGAAAAAUCACCGUGAGUUCUCGCUCACCGAACUGUCGGAAAAUGGAUGGUAAACAAAAGCAGGAUAAGAUAGACAAGAAAAACGAAAAACUUCCAGCUGACCGUAUCAGUAAAGUAGCAGACAAAAGGUUGGUACAGCAACAUCUGAGUUUAAAUUUGCAAUCGGCACCGCCGUCCGUGAAAAGUUCUCUAGUGUCGGAUAAAAGGCCGUCAAAACAACAACGGACGAGCAGCUCAGACACCGAGCCUUCAACACCUACCCUAGGUACAGAUAUGUCAAAUGAACUGAAACUUAUACAUGCUAGUUUGACCGAAAUCCGAGAAUCAAUGGUGAAAAACGCAGAUAUUAAAGACAUCGUAACCAAAAUUGUGUCAGAAAUAAAGAGCGAGAUCAAGAAGGAAAUUGUUGAGGAAGUAAAGGCAACUUUAACACAAGAACUCACAGAAAGCGUAACGGUACAGGUCAAAACUGAAUUCGAAAACAAGAUCGACAGCAAGACAAAAGAAUUUGAAUCGCAUACAAAAGAUAUCGCUGAUGGCGUGAACAUGGAUUUAACGGCUUUGCGAGAGAAAUUCCACGACCAGCUAAAGGAAUUGAGAACAUUGAAGGACAGUUUGAAGCGGUACCAGGCCAUGACGGAAACUGCCCUCACACUUGCCAACAACAAUCAACAGUACUCCCAAAAGAAUAACAUCAAAUUUCUGGGCUGGAAGGAGCAAAGGCAGGAAAACCUACGGGAGGAUCUGUGUUCUAUUAUGCGAGAGGCGGCGGGCGUGACCAUCGACCCAUCGGAUAUACUGGAGAUACACAGGAUCCCGGGUGCACAAGGAAAAACGAGGCCAGUCAUCGCUAAAUUCAGGAACUUGGAAGUAAAGGUUUGAGCAGAGGAUGUAAAACCAUGGAAAUGCUCGACAAAGACUCCGGCAAAGUUUUUGUGAAUUGUUGUUCUUUCUGACUUCCAAGAUUCGUAAAAAUACUCACAAAAAAGCAGAACAAUUAUUUAUCAA